CCUGCUCGGUGCUCCUGCGCGGGGUGGGCAGGGCUGCAGCAGUUUUAUGAACGGCGCACGGCUGCAUCAUGACCCCCUUCGCACCGAAUCGGACCCGCGAGCACUUCCAUUGACAAAGAUUCCGCUUGGUGCAUUUCUCUCACAGGAGCAGGAGGAGCAGCUGCAGUGAUGAGCAUCAUCCACAACAUCAACAUCAACAACAACACCACCAGUUUAUAAGCUGUUGAUUCGCCAUUGGAUCCGGGUUGCUUCGCGCGCACGGGCUCUCUCUCGGGACAGCCACGAGAAGAACCACCUGAAGGAAGGUCUGCUGUGGCACAGGAUUUCUUUCGCCACUUCACAACCAACGAUGCGCCCGAACGCGCCGGCGCAGCGUUCUGGACGCUUCUGUCGAUCACGGAUGCCUGCGAGACUGCAGCGGCCGGUGCGUGAUGCGAACUGAGCCGCGGGUGCUGUAGAAAACCACCCCGCGCCCCACGCACCCCGCCGAGCCUCCUCCAGCCUGAUCGCGCUGCGCCGGGGGGGAACAUGUCCCGCGCGGCGGCCAUCGCCAGCUCCCUCAUCCGGCAGAAGCGGCAGGCGCGGGAGCGGGAGAAGGCGAACUCGUGCCGCGGCAGCGGCAGCCCGAGCAACAGCAAAGGCGCCAACGACAAGCCGAGCAAACUCAACGUGUUCUCCCGGGUCAAACUGUUUGGCUCUAGGAAGAAACGGAAGAGAAGGCGACCGCCAGAGCCCCAGUUGAAGGGGAUUGUCACCAAGCUCUCCAGUCGUCAAGGCUUCCAGCUGCAGAUGCAACCUGAUGGCACCAUUGAUGGAACCAAGGACGAAGACAGCACCUACACUGUGUUCAACCUGAUCCCGGUGGGUCUUCGUGUCGUGGCUAUCCAGGGCGUGCAGACCAAACUCUACCUGGCCAUGAACAAUGAAGGCUUCCUCUACACCUCUGAACAUUUUACCCCGGAGUGCAAGUUCAAGGAGUCUGUGUUUGAGAACUACUACGUGACGUACUCGUCCAUGCUGUACCGGCAGCAGGCCUCAGGGCGGGCCUGGUAUCUGGGACUCAACAAGGAGGGCGGGAUCAUGAAGGGAAACCACGUUAAAAAGAACAAGGCCGCCGCCCACUUUAUACCGAAGCCGCUCAAAGUGGCCAUGUACAGGGAGCCUUCCCUCCACGACCUGACAGAACUCUCACGGUCAGGCAGCGGGACGCCGACCAAGAGCCGCAGUGCUUCUGCUCUACUUAAUGGAGGGAAAUCACCCAGCAACAAUGACUUAUCCUAGCCUCCUGACCCCUCACGCACAAACAUCCACAUGCACACACAUGCGCACACACACGCACACAGAUCUCAGGCCACACAUCAGGCUGCCAAGGGGUCAGCGGAGGACGAGGAGGACAAGAAUGUGUUCUUCCACUUUACGGAGCCCACUGUGACUGACUGUGAUGUAAAUAAAUCAAGGACAAUCAACCCGCCUGGCUCUGCUGCUCUGGCCUGCGAUGGGACGUGAGCGCUGAACGUGAGAUCGAACUGAGGUGACAGAGAGGGUCAGUCAGUCACACAGUCAGAUUUAAAGACUGUUACAGAGAACCAAA